AUGGACUUUAUGCCAAAAUAUAUGACCCCUUCGUACUGGAAGGGUGCCUUUUGUUUUGCAGCCCAUGACCUUGUGAAUCCUAAGAGCGAACUUGCUCGGAGAUAUCCCAACCUCUAUCAGGUGUUCCGACAACGUCUGGAGUCUGCGUAUGCUGAUCGAAACUAUAGGCCAAUCUCUUCAUGCUCUCAUGUCAGAUUCCAAAGUGGAUAUAAGAGUUGGCGGAGUGACGCCGAGGGCUUUCAGAAAGCAGAAUGGCUUGCUGCGCUCGAUGAAUCCGAUCCAGUCAGUAAUGUCACAGGUAAUCGCAUGAAGCACAUGUGUAGCGAGCUGACAGGUCGAAUGAACGUGUAUGGUAUGGCUGGCGAAGGAACUUUUGGCUCGGUAUUUCUUGCCCGUGAGCGAGACCAGGACAACAAGGGCCCGGAAAAUCCCAGACACUUUGCUGUCAAAGUUCAAGGCCACAAGACCCUGCUCGAUUCUAUAGACGCGCAUCAUUGGGAUCCUCCCAAUGGACCGGUCCCAGACAACCGAACCCCCCUUCGAUAUAUCCCUGAAGAAGCAUUGAUCAUGUUAUUUCUAACGAGCAGUGACAGGUUUCCCACCUUAGACUCUGUUUACUCCCACGAUCGCUUCCAAGCCAUUGUCAUGUCUCCAUGUAUCGACCACAGUGCUGAGCGGCAAGCGUCACCACCAGGCAAUUGCUCCCGGCGAUUCCCUGGGUUUACAGCAAAACACUUGCUAACCAAGGAUCACAGACCAUUGCUCAACGCGGACGAGGGGCGCAAAGUUGCAACGCAGCUUUUCCAGGCGAUGAGGCAGUUGGCUGAUAUGAAUGCCUGGCACAAUGACAUCUCAGUCAAUAACAUCCUCGUGGACGAGAAUUUGAAUGCACAAAUGAUCGACCUCGGAGACGUUGCUUUUGGAUUAGAAGAGCGCGCCUUUUUCGAGCGCUAUUACAUGUACGUUCCUUUCCAGGAAUACCAACUAUCACCAGAGCUGGCGCAAUACAUGGCCAAUAAGGUGGGCCGCUGUGAUGAAAUCGAGGUGCCUCAUGAUCUGCGUCAUGAGAGUAUGUGGAAAUUCGCUACGAUCAUUUAUGGCAUUCUCCAUGGCUUCUGGCCCUGGAAUGAGCCUCCGAAGAACGGGGCGCCUCAUCCAGACUUGCUGGACCCACGAGUAUUUACCGAUCCUGAGCAGGUCGUAGACCGGCGAUACCGUAUCGUCAAUGAUCCUCUGCCUAUUGAUGAGAAUUUGCCUCAGGACUGUAAGGAUGUCUUGCAGGCAAUGUUCAGUAAGAACCCGGAGGAUCGACCCUCCCUCGCUGAGUUAGAGGGUUAUCCUUGGUUCGCACAAUGGGCGUGGGAGAAUCAGUUCUUUGAAAGGCCGAUCUCGAGGGAUUUCCUGCAGUCGUAUGCCAGGCGAAAACAUCGUGCCAGGGGGAGAUACUGA